UUCUUUUUUUCUUUAUUGCCAUGUUAACGAUCUCUGGGGAAAUCGCGAAGUCUUGACGGAAGAUGGUGUUCCUGAGUUUGGUUCUCAGCCGGGUCAGCUGCCCAGUUAUUCAUGGACUUGGCGUCUUUUAUAUUCCGCCCCGUGGCAUUUGCAUGUUUUAGGAUGGUUGUCACCUUCUAGCCACCAAGCUUUAAAGUCUUUCAGCCCCCAUCAUGCCUGCCCCCUUCCUCUCCCCUGGCUCCCUGGAAAGCUGUAUGCUUAGCUUUACCUAAGGGGCAUUCCCUGCCUUGCUUUUGAUUUCGGGCUAAUAGGGAUCUUAAUAAGAUUGUUCCUUUUGCACUCAUUGGCUCCGGGAGAAAAAUCCAGGCCUUGAGAGUGGGUGUUCAUUCAAGUGUUGGAUUUCUGCACACCCCCUCACGCCCCAAGUAGAUUGAAUGGUUGAGCUCGCCAGUUCCCUACCGGGUAGUGGGUGGAUCUGAACUAGCACAACAUUAGGUGAAAAUGAUUUACUGGAAAUUCGUGUCGAAGUUCUUGUGCUGGGAAUGUCGAUAACAUCCAGAACGUUCUCUAAUGUUCUGCUACAAAAUUUUACAGUACUCUUUCGAAGCAGCCUUCCUUUAGAGGGUAACUUUUGUGAAGAGCGGAUAAGACCAGGGCACUUGUAUAAAACAACAGACAGGAAGCAGGAAUGAUUUCUUGUGAUCUGGCAUGCCUAAACUGUGAUUUUUGUUUAAAGAAGUCUUUAACACAGGAAGAAUGACAGGAGGAAUUAUCCUAUUCAUCGAACUGUUAGCAUUUUGUUCCCGAUUUUCACAUUGUGAUCUUAAAUUUGUCAAGGUGUUUUCAUCGGUUGAACAGAAUUUACAGGCAUCAGACAUCCUGUGGGGAUCUAGGGACCCAGUUUCAAACGAACCUCAAAACAAGUUGGGAUUUAGGAAUCCAGUAAUUGUGAAAUUUUCCUUUCACAUUUGUUUCCUCUUGUGUAACAAUGAAGUGGUAUAACAACUGGACCAUUCCUUCACUGAGCCAGAGAAUUAGUAUUUAUUUAAUGGUAAAAACCAUUAAAUACUCUCAACUCCUGAGUUUUUUCUCUUUUCCUUCUUUUAACCUAAAAGAAGCUUUCAAUCACUUAAUGUUAGGGUGAGGAAAUGGAAGUUUGGCUUUCACUAUUAUCACCGGAGUUAACUGAGUCAUUCAUUCAUUUCGCAUGUACUGAAUGUCUAACAUACUGUCAGGCCCUUGUUUGGGCGGUGGAAAUACAAAGGUGAAGGACUUAGGGAAUUCGCAGUUUGGAAGUGCAGUGGCCAGCUUUAAUCCUAGUGAAAUAGGAGUGUUCGGACAUGAAUAUGCGGAUGGGGGAGCCACACAUUCUUUUAAACCUCGGAAAUCCCACUUGUUUAGGGACUGAACAGGUGUGUACUUGGGUCACAGAUUCAUCUAUGAAGAAAACUGACUUUUCUGGUCUGGUCUCGUUUCUGGAAUCUCUGCUGUUUGGAAAUAUAAAAACUUGUUCUUUUCGUGAGAAAUAUUCUUUCUUAAAAUGGUAAUUAUUCUAGCUAUCUAGAAGCAUUUGGAAAAAGUCCUGUGUAUUUUCUUUAUUUUUUUGGGGGGGGGAUGGUAUUCACGCUGACCUCCCUACCUGUUUGCCAUUUAUAAUUAUGGGCAGGUUUUUAGUAUUGUAAUUUUUAUUCUGAUAUACAUAGCCCCCUAUGGUUUUUAGAACAAGUCAGGAUGUCUCAGGAGAUGCAAAAUGUUACUGAAUUGCAUCUGUUUUUGUUUUCUUUAUUGACGUUCUUUGAAUAAUAACCUGAUAACUUGAGAAUCAAAAUGUCAUUGUUUCUUCUAGAUAAGUUAACCAUUGCCAAUUUUAUGUAGCUAAUGCUGUUUGUACUAUAUAUUAUCUUUUAGAACUAAUUUGGACCAUUAAUAUUUUUGUAUGAAACUUAUUUCUUGAUCAUCUUCUUUUCAUUGCAUUUGAUAGGAAAGUGAUAUUUGUGCCUUCCCACCCUCAUCUUGGUUUAAUGACUUUAUUGUAAUACAAUUCAAUUCUCAUUUACUCAGACUCCAGACCAUCAACAAGCUUAGAUAACCAGAUGUAUUUUCAAAUCUACGUGACCCUGAACCUCAUCCAAAAUGUUGUCAAAAGAAAGUCCUGUUCAGUAUGGUUUUAGAGUUAAAAAUAUUAUUGUAUUCCAACUCUUUGAUAAUCUUCAUUCAGUACUUACAGUAUUUAUCAGGAUAUUCAUAAUUACUCAGUUUUUGGCCUGAAAUAAGUACAGUGGUAUUGAGAUGAAUUGUUUGUGAUACAUUUACACUCAAAGUGAAGUACAGUAUAUUGUUAGAGGCAAUGUUUAAACAAUUAGACCUGAAAAGUAAUAAGAGAACACAAGUGAGGGCAGCCAUCAUGUCUUAAAUCUGCAUUUUUCAGUGUCUAACACUGUGCCAAGUGCAUGAAAACACGAAACUAGCAAACCUUCUUGACUGAUAAAGAACUCACUGACAGUGUGAUUUAAAUCUUUCCCAUGUGGCCUUAAGUCAGUUUUUACUGCUUGGGGUUCUCGAGACUUAAUUUCAGUGCUGUGCGUAUCCUAGCGAAAGAAGAGCGUUGGCAUCAUGGUCACUUCUACAGUGGGAGGAGGGUCUCUAUUAGCAUAUCCUGCUGUAAUGCCAGUAUAUUGCGAUAUUAGUGAUCAUUAAAUAUACCUCUAGUAGAGCCAUAGAGUUCCCUCUUCAACUUUCUGUAUCAGUUGCAUCGAGGAGAGUCAAUUUUUAAUAUGAUAGUUCCAAACCUAUUCUUUCUUCAUAUAUUGUUUUUCUAAAAGAGGAAAAACCAGGUCCUUUUUAUUUUUGGAUAAUGCUUUUUAAAUACUUUAUAACUUUUGCUUUGGCGAUUCUAGUUGUCUAACAUGACCCAUCCUGUUAAUGAGUUUAAGUUCACUCCUAUUUGUGCUAAUGCAAGUCAGAAAAAAAGUCACUGCUCCUUGUGUAGUUCACUUUAAAAUACGGUUCUUAUUAACUUAUUAAAUCAUUCUCAACCUUUUUAUAAACCAAAGUAGUUAUAUUUUACUACUUGGACUGUCUCUUAAAUGAUUUGCAAAGAAACCAAUCUUGUAAUCAAAUUCAUUUGAAAUAGGGUGUCCUGAUGCCUUCCGUAUAGUGAUUUAGUUUUGUCUUGGUAAUGUUCCAUUAGCACUGGGGGUUUUUAUUUUAAAUUGUGACAUGGAUUGUUAAGUUAGAGAAUCAAUAGAGCAGAAGUUGUUGGUAUGUACUUAACUGUGAAGAUUCAUAACUAUUAAGAUUCAUAACAAAUUCUUAACUAUUAAAAAUUUUUUAAUUUUAAUAUUUGAAGGUAUAAUUUUUAGGAAUUUAAAAGAUUUCUUUUCAAAAUAGAAUUGCCAUACUUUAAAACCAACUUUGGGCCAAAAAAUAUUUAAAUAUAUUUUAAAGAGAACAAAACAAUCUCACUUCAAGGAGUUGCUUUUUGACCAUCUCAUCCUUCCGGGAGCAACCAAAAUAAUGUCUGUGCGAUAAAGCCUAUGCGCUUUACUCCUAGGAGACCCUUUCAGAAUUUAUGUAUUCCUCUUUUUGUUAUUGUUUUGUUUGUUUUUUAAACACAUAACCAUAUUUCAUCACCUGGCUUCUCAGAACUGACUAGAAGCAGUAAGUUGGAAAGCAGCAAGGCUGUAAAAGAAGUCAAAUGCAUGUUGCAGGAAACCACAGAAAAUGGCUGAUGGCAAGGGAAAACCGUAGACUGUAAAUCUAUAGAAGGCAGACACAAGAACUCAGAAAGCAUGAUGUAAAAUAAAGCCUCACAACAAAGUAACGAACACCUUUGCAUACUGAGAGUCACACAUAAUAAUUUAUAUUCAUGUUGAUAAUUCAGUGAUCAAAGUAAAAAUAAGGCUAUUUCCUUGUUGAAAAAUGCUGACAUUUAUUUAAAAAGAAUUUUAGUCAGCAAUAACAAAUACUUCAUUUGGGGACUUGUAAGGAAUAGAGCCAAAUUAAAGUUUGGGCUGCUGUUUGGGUAGCCUUCCUGAGGGCUUUUGUUUAUAUGGUACUAAGAUAGGGGUUUCCACAGGUGUCUUAUAUAAGUAGCAAAUAUAGAUUGAUCCUAGUCCUGUUGAAGUAGACAGUGCCCUCAAGUGGAAUUAAGACAAACACAUUAUAAAAAAAGAAAAAAAAAAAAAGAGAACCACUGUAUGCUGCCUGUCCUCACAAAAUAUUGUGCAUAUGUUUAUUGUGCAUAUAUUUCAAUACUGUUGGUUUGAGGAGGUGCCAAGUCCUUUACCCUGUCUUGGGUAAUCUUCAUAUCUCAUUCUGGCUUGUAGAGGGACAGACUAUUAAAAACAUUACUAUUAUAGAGUACCUUAUUAUCUACCAAUGCGUUCUCAAAGAAAUGUUAUUCCGUGCGUAGACUUGGCAGAUUAUGUAUUUAAUCAUUAAGUUAAAUGGUUAAACUUAAAAUUUGGCUCCUUAGUUUUAGGAGUAUUUAUUUUUUAAUUCCAAGAAUAAAAUAGAUAAAUGUGAUAGUGCUGUCACCUGCUGCUGCUGCUGGAAAUGGAUAUGGUCACCUCAAAGAAGGAUGGAAUAAAUACCGUAUUCAGAAACCAAACAGCCACAUGCCUGUGACAGAGAAUACCUAAGAACUAUUGUUUUCAGCAUUUUGAUUUGCUGUCUUUUUACAGCAUGGACACCAAAUUGCUAAAAACAUGCUUUGGGACUGCCAGUGAAUUUAUCUUUUGCGGUUUUACUACACACUUAGUAGUUCCAUUUUUUUUGAGUUAAUACUUUGGAGUUAAUAUCACAAUGAGUUCGGGCUUAUGGAGCCAAGAAAAAGUUACUUCACCCUACUGGGAAGAGCGGAUUUUUUAUUUGCUUCUUCAAGAAUGCAGUGUUACAGACAAACAAACACAAAAGCUCCUUAAAGUACCAAAGGGGAGUAUAGGACAGUAUAUCCAAGACCGUUCUGUGGGGCACUCAAGGAUUCCUUCUACAAAAGGCAAGAAAAAUCAGAUUGGAGUAAAAAUUUUAGAGCAACCACAUGCAGUUCUGUUUGUUGAUGAAAAGGAUGUUGUAGAAAUAAAUGAAAAAUUCACAGAGUUACUUUUGGCAAUUACCAAUUGUGAAGAGAGGUUCAGCCUGUUUAAAAACAGAAACAGGCUAAGUAAAGGCCUCCAAAUAGAUGUGGGCUGCCCUGUGAAAGUCCAGCUGAGAUCUGGGGAAGAAAAGUUUCCUGGAGUUGUACGCUUCAGAGGACCCUUAUUAGCAGAGAGGACAGUAUCGGGAAUAUUCUUUGGAGUAGAAUUACUGGAAGAAGGUCGUGGCCAAGGUUUCACUGAUGGGAUAUAUCAAGGGAAACAGCUUUUUCAGUGUGAUGAAGAUUGUGGAGUAUUUGUUGCAUUGGACAAGCUAGAACUCAUAGAAGAUGAUGACACUGGAUUGGAAAGUGAUUAUGCAGGUCCAGUGGACACAAUGCAGGUUGAACUUCCCCCUCUGGAAAUAAACUCCAGAGUUUCUUUGAAACUUGGAGAAACUAUAGAAUCUGGAACGGUUAUAUUCUGUGAUGUUUUGCCAGGCAAAGAAAGCUUAGGAUAUUUUGUUGGUGUGGAUAUGGAUAAUCCUAUUGGCAACUGGGAUGGAAGAUUUGAUGGCGUGCAGCUUUGUAGUUUUGCAAGCGUUGAAAGUACAAUUCUCUUGCACAUCAAUGAUAUCAUCCCAGAUAGUGCGACACAAGAAAGGAGGCCUCCCAAACUAGCCUUUAUGUCAAGAGGUGUUGGGGACAAAGGUUCAUCCAGUCAUAAUAAACCAAAGGCUGCAGGAUCUACCUCAGACCCUGGAAAUAGAAACAGAUCUGAAUUAUUUUAUGCCUUAAAUGGGUCUUCUGUUGACUCACAACCACAAUCUAAAUCAAAAAAUUCAUGGUACAUUGAUGAAGUUGCUGAAGAUCCUGCAAAAUCACUUACAGAGAUCUCUCCAGAUUUUGGACACGCUUCACCACCACUGCAGCCUCCUUCCAUGAACUCACUAUCCAGCGAGAACAGAUUUCACUCUUUGCCAUUUAGUCUGACAAAGAUGCCCAACACCAAUGGAAGUAUUAGCCACAGUCCGCUCUCUCUGUCAGUUCAGUCUGUGAUAGGAGAGCUCAACAAUGCACCUGUGCAGGAGAGUCCACCCUUGGCUGUAUCUGCUGGUAACUCACAUGGCCUGGAAGUGGGCUCACUGGCUGAGGUCAAAGAGAAUCCUCCUUUCUAUGGGGUAAUCCGUUGGAUUGGUCAGCCACCAGGACUCAAUGAAGUACUAGCUGGACUGGAACUGGAAGACGAGUGUGCGGGCUGUACAGAUGGAACCUUUCGGGGCACUCGAUAUUUCACCUGUGCCUUGAAGAAGGCGCUGUUUGUUAAACUGAAGAGCUGCAGGCCCGACUCUAGGUUUGCGUCCCUGCAGCCAGUUUCCAAUCAGAUCGAACGCUGUAAUUCUUUAGCAUUUGGAGGCUACUUAAGUGAAGUAGUCGAAGAAAAUACUCCACCAAAAAUGGAAAAAGAAGGUUUAGAGAUAAUGAUUGGAAAGAAGAAAGGUAUCCAGGGUCAUUACAAUUCUUGUUACUUAGACUCAACCUUAUUCUGCUUGUUUGCUUUUAGUUCCGUUCUGGACACUGUGUUACUUAGACCCAAAGAGAAGAAUGACGUAGAAUAUUAUAGUGAAACUCAAGAGCUACUGAGGACAGAAAUCGUUAAUCCUCUGAGAAUAUAUGGAUAUGUAUGUGCAACAAAGAUUAUGAAACUGAGGAAAAUACUUGAAAAAGUUGAGGCUGCAUCAGGAUUUACCUCUGAAGAAAAAGAUCCUGAAGAGUUCUUGAAUAUCCUGUUUCAUCAUAUCUUAAGGGUAGAACCAUUGUUAAAAAUAAGAUCAGCAGGUCAAAAAGUACAAGAUUGUUACUUCUAUCAAAUUUUUAUGGAAAAAAAUGAGAAAGUGGGAGUUCCUACAAUUCAGCAAUUAUUAGAAUGGUCUUUUAUCAACAGUAACCUGAAAUUUGCUGAGGCACCUUCAUGUCUGAUUAUUCAGAUGCCUCGAUUUGGAAAAGACUUUAAACUAUUUAAAAAAAUUUUUCCUUCUCUGGAAUUAAAUAUAACAGAUUUACUUGAAGACACCCCUAGGCAGUGCCGGAUAUGUGGAGGGCUCGCUAUGUAUGAGUGUAGAGAGUGCUACGAUGACCCUGACAUCUCAGCUGGAAAAAUCAAGCAGUUUUGUAAAACGUGCAACACUCAAGUCCACCUUCAUCCCAAGAGGCUGAAUCAUAAAUAUAACCCAGUAUCACUUCCCAAAGACUUACCUGACUGGGACUGGAGACACGGCUGCAUUCCCUGCCAGAAGAUGGAGUUAUUUGCCGUCCUCUGCAUAGAAACCAGCCACUAUGUCGCUUUUGUGAAGUACGGGAAAGACGACUCUGCCUGGCUCUUCUUUGACAGCAUGGCUGACCGGGAUGGUGGUCAGAAUGGCUUCAACAUUCCUCAAGUUACUCCAUGCCCAGAAGUAGGAGAGUACUUGAAAAUGUCUCUAGAAGAUCUGCAUUCCUUGGAGUCCAGAAGAAUCCAAGGCUGUGCUCGAAGACUUCUUUGUGACGCAUACAUGUGCAUGUACCAGAGUCCAACGAUGAGUUUGUACAAAUAAACAGGGUCAUCUGGACAGGUGCAGACACCGAGUGCACAGUUUUAAUGUCGCACUUCACUCGCGCUGGCAGAUUUGUUCAACGUCCAUUGCCGGCAAUGGAUGUCUUUGUGGUGAUGAUCUUUCAGAAAAGGGUUCCCGCGUUUAAAAACAAAUCGCUUUUGUGUUACUGAAAUAUUCAAUAAGAAGCAUUUUGAACUCUAGAAGUAUGUUUGUGUUGGUUUUUUAAGAAGUCUAAAUGAAGUUAUCAAUACCUGAAGCUUUAAGUUAAGUGCAUUGGUCAUAAGAUAUUUUUGGAAGCAUAAAAUUUUAAUUGUGACAGUUUAAAACCUCUUUUAGUCCAUUGAGGAUGUACAUAAAUGUGUCUUCUUUAUGGACCAAG